GCUUCCCAGGAAAUAAUUCGACGAUAUUUUUGGAAGAGUAUCGGUCCUUGAUUUUCAUCCUUCAUUUGAACCACUUCUAGCUCUUCUUACUUUAUACUCGUCUAGUUUAAGGUAUGGCAUAUCCAGGUUAUGGUGCUCCAGGAGGUUAUCCCGGGGGAUAUCCAGGCUAUCAACAACCUCCAAUGGAUCCUUUAUAUGGUUAUUUUCAACAAGUUGCUGGUCAGGACCAAGAGAUUGAUGCCCAAGAGCUUCAAAGAUGUUUGACAGCAUCUGGUAUAUCUGGAACCUACCAACCAUUUAACCUUGAGACAUGCAGGUUGAUGAUCAACAUGCUUGAUCGUGACUAUAGUGGAAAAAUGGGUUUCACUGAGUUCAAGGAAAUAUGGGCAGCUCUCAACCAGUGGAAGACAUGCUUCAUGCAGUAUGACCGUGAUAGGUCAGGUACUGUGGAACCUCAUGAACUUCAUCAAGCCCUUUCUUCAUUUGGGUACAACCUGAGUCCAGCUGCCCUUAAUGUGAUGGUCAAGAGGUAUGCCAUUAAUAAUCGCAUUACUUUUGAUGACUUUGUGUCAUGCUGUGUUCGACUGAGGGCUCUAACAGAUAAUUUUCGCAGACGUGAUGUGAGUCGAACCGGAAAUGCAAAUUUUACGUAUGACGAUUUCAUCCAAGUGACAAUGUACUGUUAGAAKAUCCCAACAACAGCUAGUGCUGCAUGAUAGUCUGGCUCAUCAGCGUGGAUAUCAAUUAUAAUCCUAUUUCUUAUUAAUGUUUUUUAAUUCUAGAUAAAUGUAGUCAUUUCACCAUACUUAAAGCAGGCGAGGAAUACUGCUUGGUUCGACAUGGUUCUAGAUUUGAUUUAUGCAGUUUUUAUGUUACAGUAGAAAAAAGUGAACCGUUGCUUAGAGGUUCUCUCUUUGAUGCUGCUGCUGUUGUUGUUGCUAUGGCACUUGCAAAGCAGUAUUCUUCGCCCUAUUCCUUUAAUGUAUUUUCAUCCUUUUUAAGUUACUCUUCACGAGUGCCCUCAGAUUGAACGGGUUUAACGUAUUCAAAACUGAUUGCCCAAAGGAGCUAAUGUUUGCAUGAUUGCUUAAUAGCAGUGCAGAGCACAGAUGACGUCAUAAAAACGAAGGCAGGGGCGAAAACUCAAACAAACACUCAUAUUAUACCUUUCAGCAAAUGGUUUUCAUAGUCGUUCGCAGUAGACUAGAUGCUUGUUUAAUAGACCCUUGCAUGUGACGUCAAUGCAGUUCAAUUUGGAGGACAAAACAAAAGAAUUUCAAUCUCAUGAGAAUUGAAAACCCAUUGUUAUGUCCUCCAAAUUGAGCUGCAUUCCGACGUGCUAACUUUAAGUAAAAAUAAUAAAAUGGGUUCGUAAACACUCGAGAUAAGGCCUACCUCCAGUAUAAUAUGAUUUAUAUAACACAGCUGACAUCACAUUACCAAAAAACCAUUUCCAGUUUUACAAUCUAUAGAACGAAAAGAUAACUAGCUAAAAACUAGUGUGAGCUGCGUUGAUAUUUCUAAUGAAACAGUAAUGAUAAAAGGGUAAAUUAUACACCGUGAAAAGAUGAAAAAACUUACUGACGUUUCGGACGCUAGUCCUUCAUCUAUAGAACGARUCACUAUAGAUAUGACAUAAGAGUAGCAUAAAUUAUAUUAUACUGGAGAUAUCCUCGACUUGGUUGGUUAAACGAAAUGCAACGUUUGUCUGAGUGUUAAAAACUUAUUUUGAAAAUCUGUGCGCUGCACUAGUCAUUCCACACUCGCAGAAUGUAACGAGAAUUGUCCUUUCUUCCAUUAAGUGACCGUCCCCUCCACCCAACAUAGUAUUGAGUGAAUUGUACUUUUUGUUUUAGCCUUUUGCUAUAAAAAUUGUCAUAAAAUGUCUGUAUGGUUGUAAACAAUUUUUAGAAAAUGUCUGAAAAUAAUGGAAAACUGUUAUUGUA